UUGAUUGGUAGCAUUUCAGCUUGUCCCAGUGUACGCUUGCUCUUCGUGAACGAAACCUCAAUCCUGUUCUUGCGUUUGUUAUUAAAUUGUGAAUUAUUUAUAUAGGAUUUUGUAAAUUACCUGGAUUGAGUGAAGAAUUUUUUUUUGUUGUGAAGAUCUUGAAGGAAAGGUGCCCCACUGGGUCCAGAAUCUUCACCUCAAGAUGAGGACAUUAUUCGCAUUUUUCCUCACAGUAUUAGCGACAGUGACAGCGGAACCGUACUACACGGUCGUUGCUCCAAAAGUGGUGCGUCCCAAUUCUGAGUACCACGUAGCAGUCUCCAUUACCGGUGUAUCAACACCAUCAGAAAUAAUCGUUGAGCUCGACGGAAUACUUGAUAACGGAGAGAUCUUCAGGGUGUACCACGAAGACAUCGUCGAGCCCUACAUCACGAGACUCUACAAACUAGACAUCGGAGAUACGACACCAGGGAGAUACCAGUUGACCGUGAAAGGAAGGAGCGGUCUUCUUUUUAGUAAUACGACGGAUGUUCAGUACGUGCACAAGAGCUACUCCGUAUUCAUUCAGACGGAUCGAGCUGUAUACAAGCCUGGAAGUAAAGUCCUCUUCCGUUGUAUAGUUUUGGAUUCGAGAUUGAGACCAGCUCUCACGAGACAGCUUGAUGUAUACAUCACGGACGGAAAUGGUAACCGGAUAAAGCAUUGGAUCCGUCCAUCCUUGACUCGUGGCAUCUUCACCGGAGAGCUGGAGCUCUCUUCAUCCCCAGUCCUCGGUGACUGGAAGAUCAUAAUAAAUGUAGUGGACCAGACAUUCGAGAAGUCGUUCCAGGUCGCUGAAUAUGUCCUCCCAAAGUUUCAAGUAUCAAUAGACGUGCCUAAACACUCGACCUUCAAAUCGGGAAAGGUAACAGCAACCAUUCGUGCUGACUACACCUACGGUAAGCCAGUCAAGGGUGAGGCCACAAUCACCGCCUACCCGGACUUCUUCUCGGGUGUCCUUCAGCCGAUCUUUACACCACCAGUUCGCAAGGUCUUGCCCAUCGAUGGCAAGGUAACCGUGGACUUUGAUAUCACAUCAGAGCUGAAGCUGUCGGAUGAAUACGAGAGACCGAUCGAGAUUGAGGCGACAGUCGAGGAGGCACUCACAGGCAGAAGACAGAAUGUAACGACGCAGAUGACACUUCACAAGCACAAGUACACGAUGGAGUUGAUCAAGACAUCGGAGUACUACAAGCCAGGGCUCAAGUACACGGCCUUCAUCAAGAUCGCUCAUCAUGAUGGAUCACCGGUGAGGGACAAGACUAAUGCUGUCGUCAUCUCCUACGGCUAUACAUUCAAUCAAUCAGCGUACACCAAUAUCACCAGGAUGCUGGAUGACAACGGAAUGAUUCAGCUAGACUUCUAUCCCCCGGAGAAGAUCAGCACGGAUGAUCUGGCAUCACCUCUCAACAUCGAGGCCGAAUACCUGAAUCUUCACGAAUGGUUUCCAUCCACCAAUCAAGCAAUGUCCCCCUCUGGUAGCUACAUCCAGGCAGUGGUGAAAACCGAGAGCCCUCAGGUGAAUCACGAGGUGGAAGUGGAGGUGAAUUCAACGGAAGUCCUCAAGUAUCUCAAUUACGAGGUGCUCGGUAGAGGGGAUAUCCUCAAUGCUGGAUCUGUCCCUGUGGAUGGAAGAGUUGGGAGUUUCAGAUUUCUGGCGACUUACGUGAUGGCACCAACGGCUCAUGUUCUUGUUUAUUAUACGAAGGAGGAUGGGGAGGUCGUGGCCGAUGCCCUCGAUAUUGAGCUGGAUGGAACCCUCCAGAACUUCGUCGAGGUGAGCGUCAAACCGGGAGAGACUGGACCUGGACAGACCGUCGACCUGAACAUCACCAGUCGGCCCAACUCUUUUGUUGGUGUUCUCGGUGUAGAUCAGAGAUCGAUUCUGUUGAAAAGUGGAAAUGAUAUUAGCAGGGAAGAUGUCAUGAAGGAGCUCAGGGGGUAUGACAUGAGCGAGGAGAGCCCUUACGACGGAGAAGGCUGGAGAAUGUUCUGGAGGCCGGGUAGUGCAACAGCGCAGGAUGUCUUUGACAAAACAGGAACAGUGAUCUUAACAAACGCCCGCGUCCCCGAGAACCUUCCUCUUCGGCGUCCAGGAUAUCUGGAGGGUAGAGUUCGAGGCUCUGGCCACGGGGAGUCAACCCUACGUCCUGACAUUGGUCCCCCAGUCACCCACAGACUCGUCACAAGACCACCACUGGCUGGUCCCUACGCAUUCUCACGUAUCCCAACCCCUGUAUGGAAUAGGCCCCGUGUUUUCCUUAUGCAUGACAUCUCCAACACUUGGCUUUUCACCAAUUUCUCCUCAGGACUGAAGGGAGAGACUGUCCUGAGAAAAUCCGUGCCUGAUUCCAUCACUUCGUGGGUCAUCACUGCAUUUUCCGUUGAUUCGACUUAUGGUCUCGGUCUCAUUGAAGCUCCACGAAAGCUCAAAGUCUUCAAACCAUUCUUCAUAUCGGUGGAUCUACCCUAUUCUGUGAUGAGAGGUGAAAUCGUCGCCAUUCCAAUAGUCGUAUUCAACUACAUGGACCGAGAUAUCACAGCUGAUGUAACGGUAGAACACUCCGGACAAUUUGAAUUCGCUGAAGUAUCCAACGAGGUCCACGACAACGGCCCAAAGCUGGAGCUUUACAGAACAAAAAGAGUCGAUGUGAAAGCGAAUUCUGGUGCUGGUGUUUCGUUCAUGGUAAUCCCCAGGGAAUUGGGUUACAUUCCACUAAAGGCAACAGCUACUAGUAAAAUCGCUGGAGACAGUGUGGAGCAUAAAUUACUAGUCAAGGCGGAAGGUGAGACCCAAUACCGAAAUCGUGCUGUCUUCCUGGACCUGAGAACAGUUUCGUCCCUCACCACGAACAUCACUGUGGACAUUCCCAAGAAUAUAGUCCCGGGUUCUGAGCACAUAGAGAUCUCCGCCGUGGGUGACAUCCUGGGGCCGAGCAUUCCAAAUCUAGAAUCCCUGAUAAAAUUGCCAUUCGGUUGCGGUGAGCAGAACAUGCUGAACCUUGUGCCUAACAUCGUGAUCCUUAAUUACCUGAAGAAUACGAAUCAGCUGACACAAGCUAUUCAGGGUAAGGCCAUGCGUUACCUGGAGGUGGGUUAUCAGCAGGAGUUGACAUAUCGUCACAAGGACGGCUCCUUCAGUGCCUUCGGGGAGUCAGAUGAAUCCGGUAGCACUUGGUUGACAGCAUUCGUAGCGAAAUCUUUUAAACAAGCUUCAGAGUACAUCACAGUUGAAGACAGGAUCAUCAACGAGGCGCUACUCUGGCUUUCCGAGGUUCAGGCAUCAAAUGGAUCAUUUCCGGAGGUCGGCAGGGUAUCCCACAAGGACAUGCAGGGCGGUGCCUCGAAGGGUCUGGCCCUCACUGCUUACACUUUAACCGCUUUUCUGGAAAAUCCCGAAGCGCAGUCGAAGUACAGGAACACCAUCAACAAAGGAGUCGAUUACAUCGUCAGGAAUAUGGAGGGACUCGAUGAUUUGUACGCUUUGAGUAUUUGCGUUUAUGUUCUCAAUUUGGCAAAGCAUCCUUACGAGGACGCUGCAUUCGGGAGACUAGAGUUCAAGGCGACGACGAAGGAGGACAUGAAGUGGUGGAACAAGACUGUUGAUAAGGAUGAUAAGAAUCCAUGGUUCAACGCUCUACCUCGAUCAGUCGACGUUGAGAUGACGUCUUACACACUCAUGACGUACCUCAGAAGAAAUCUCGUGAGUGAUGCCAUUCCUGUCAUGAAGUGGCUGGUGAAGCAGAGGAAUCCAGAGGGUGGUUUCUCAUCUACUCAGGACACUGUCGUCGGUAUAUACGCCCUGUCGAAGCUCGCGGAGAGACUUCUGACGAAGGAAAAUAAUAUUGCCAUCACAAUUAAUUAUGAGGGCGGUGGUAGGAGCACGAUGAACAUCAAUGGAGCCAAUGCCAUGAUUCUCCAGAAGCAUUUGCUCCCGAGGAAGACUAGGGUCGUCAAUAUCACAGCUUCUGGUACUGGCUUCGCUGUUAUUCAGGUGUCGACGCAGUUCAAUUUGAAUGUGACGGGGGCCUGGCCUCUGUUUACAUUGGAUCCUCAGGUUGACAAGAACUCUAAUGAGAAUCAUCUGCAAUUGUCCAUAUGCUCUGGAUUUGUACCCACGAAGGAGAGCAAUGAGAGUAACAUGGCGGUGAUGGAAGUGAGUCUACCUUCUGGAUUCACUGUCGAUAGGGACUCACUACCGAGUCUUGAGGUGUCGCAGAAUGUCAAGAGAGUCGAGACCAGGAAUGGAGAUACCAUGGUUGUUCUCUACUUUGAUAAAAUGGUCAGGAAGGAGUACUGUCCCACUGUCUCCGCAUUCAGAACCCACAAGGUCGCCAAACAGAAGCCUGUACCUGUGUCUAUUUACGAUUAUUACGAUUCGUCGAGGAGAGCUAGGGUAUUCUAUGAGCUUCGUGAAUUGAAUCUCUGUGAUGUCUGCGAGGACGAGGACUGCGGCGACUUGUGCACGACAAAACCCGGUGUACCAGGAACUCGAGGAUCUAGGGAUCCCAAUGGCGCGUCCCUGGUGCACAUUUGUACAUAUUUACUGAUUAUCCCGGUGUACAUCAUCCUCACGAGAACCUGAUUGCCCUAUCCAAAUUGUUGAGAUAUUUCUAGAGUUUUUAGAAGGUUUGGUAAAUGCCGAUGUGGGGAAUUUCUGCGUGUAAUCAAAGUGAUAAAUGAGUAUUUAUGUAGAGUUUCUAGGUUUAAGAAUUAAUGUGUUUAUUUUUUAAUAAAGAAUAUAUUAAUUAAUGA